ACAAUGAUUUGUCACUCUCAUAAUGAAAGAGAAAAGUGAGAGUUUUUAUUGCUUCCUUGUUUUAACAACUUAUGGUGUAAUAAUAUGCGUGCGUCUGCGUGCUUAUUCCAUUAAAUUAAGAAUCAAUUUGGUGUAAUUUGUUACUUCAAAAAGUGUAAAAAUGCUAAAUACUAAAUAUCAGAGCGGCAACGUAAUCGGAUUUUCAUCGUUUUAACACAUUCAUCCUCGGAAUGUUAAAGUGUAAAUAUAAUAGGGCUGUCAGCUAUGUCGAUCUGAAAUCCGGGAGAAAUAAGAACUAAUAAAAAUCUAAUAUUUAUUAUAAAGGGAAGGAAAACAUUUUUUUUAGGUAGAUAUGGAUUAUUCACAUGUAUGAAAUUUUAUUAAAGCUAUUUUGAGGUUAAUGUUUUUUCAUCUUAAAGUUGUAUUCUUUAACACCGCGAGCAGCUUAGAAUGUCUUUUUAUUAUAACCGGCAAAAUCGUAAAAUCUUUACAUGACGUGUGGUCAAAUUUAACGUGAGAUUCAUUAAGGCGAUUAUGACUUUUGACUGUAGUUUAUUAACUAUGCUGAAAACACGUCCGGCAGUAGCAUUUAACCCUUAAAUUCAUAAUGUAGGAUGCAGACUACAAAACAUUCUGAUGGCUGAAUAACAUGCGCCUUUACCUUGAAAAAAAAAAUAUAUAUCACCGGUCGAUCAGGAACAGACUUUUUUUUUUAAUUCUUAUGUUGGCAGUACUGGAAGUUUAUUUCAAAUUUAAAUUUGGCUGCUAAAACUUUUUGGCGGGCUGCGAUUUGAAGAAGUUGUGAUUUAACUGAUUUUGUGAACAGAUUUUUUGGAUUUUUCAAGGUAAGAUGUGCUGAUUUAUUAGUAUUUUGCUUUUAUAAAUAACAAAUAUUGAGUAGAGUUAGUAAAACUUACAAUUGUAGUAGGCAUGACCACAAAUCUUGGAAAUACUUUUAUGUAGGCCAUAUCCUACACUAUGCAUUCAGUACCAAAGUAGAUGUUUUAUGAUAUUGUAUGAGAUAUUUAUAACAAAGGUACAAAAUUAUACUUCAGAUGGCUAAUCGAAGAUGGACUGGUUCUGAUGAUGAAAUAAGCGCUUAUUUAGUUGACUUAGAUGGUAAUGAAUCAGAAGAUGGGGCUGAAGAAGAAGAAAUUGAGGAAAAUGAUGAAGAGGUGCAGUUUUAUAGGGACCGAGAUGAAAUUCGUCGAGUUUUGGAAUCUGAACCAGAAGAGGCUGAUGAUAUUCCUUUCGAAGGCGAAUCUCUUAGUCCUACGUACGUAGACCCCAGUGAAGAGGAUCCUCCAAUAAUCCAAGAUCCAGAAAUGGAACAGGAACCUGCUGUUCGUAACGGGCAAACUCCACGUCAAGCGAUGAGAAGAUUAUUAUGGAAAAAGCAGGGUAUGAAAACAUCUGAAGAUGACAUAGUUUUUUUGGGUAAUUUACAAUAUGGUGAGCUGGAGUCUUUAGAUACAAUGUAUGGUCUCUUUUCAUUUUUCCUUUCUGAUGACCUCUUAGAGAAAAUUGUUCGAGAAACUAAUUUAUAUGCUAUCCAGAAAGACCCUAAUUCCACUUUUUCAACCAGUAUCACAGAGGUCCGAAAUUACAUAGGUAUAUUAUUAUAUUUUAUGUCUGUAAUAAAAUACCCGAAUGUUAGAAUGUAUUGGUCUCCUAAGUAUGGGUUUGCUCAUAUAUAUAAUUGCAUGACCAUAAAUCGUUUUGAGAAACUCAAAAGCUUAUUACAUUUCAACAACAAUGAAUCACAGCUUCCAUCUGAUCAUCCUCGUCAUGAUAAAUUGCAUAAAAUUAGACCAGUUAUAGACCAUUUCAACAAUCGCUUUGCGCUUUUUCCAAUGGAACAACGAUUGUCGAUCGAUGAACAAAUGUGCGCGACUAAAAUAUCACAUUAUUUGAAACAGUAUCUUCCCAAUAAGCCCCACAAGUGGGGCUUCAAGUUGUUUUUGUUGUGCAGCAUUUCUGCUGGUUUACUCUUCAAAUCAAUUUUAAUUUCAAUCUAAGACCAAUCCGAUUCCAAUCUCAAUAUCGCUGUCACAAUAUUCGGUACUCUUGAAAGCAAUGUUGUCAACAUUGGAUUGAAAUUGAGAUUGUCCCACGAUUGUGUUUUUGAUGAGUGAAGUUAGUUACACACUAGUGUUGUUAUACAAAUUACAAUAAACCGGUAAAACGUCUUAUGAAAAAUCUUACAAAUAACAAGUCAAAUAAAUUAAAUAUGAUAUGGAUUAUUUUAUGAUUGAUGAACUUCCACGUUUCAAUUCAUUUUACCUGUGAAUAUUAUUAAAUUUAUGAUAUUACCCAUGACUCUGGCUGUAUGCGAUAGGAUCGUGGCCACUACGCUAUUUAGAAAAAGUGAUCCUAAAGGGUCUCCAAUUUCAAAAUACGAACUACGAAUUAUUGUUAGCGUUUAGAACAUUCUACAGUUUGAUUUUACAAAUAUUAACUAUUUAAGUUUCAAGUGGUAAGUAAACUAUUAUUAUGUGCUCUUUAUACUUACAAAAUUUAAUAUCAAAGUAUUUUUUAUUUGAAAUUUUUAUAUUAGUCGGUGCAUUUAAAAUAUAGUGUUAAAGUGAAUGAUUUUUUUUCUUCAGUGACAAUGAAUCGUCCAAGUUACGCUCAGCUCGAAGGUUUAGUGGAGUUCCUGGAGCAAAAUCUAGGUAUUGCUAAAGGGUUGUUACGGACUGCUCAAGCCAAAAUCGAGACCAAAAGGAAAUGGGCAACUGUAGCAACAUCUUUAAAUGCUCUUGGAGGAGCUGUUAAAGAUGGUCAAGGAUGGGCUAAGUACUGGGCAGAGAAGAAAUGUGAACUAAAGAAACACUGUGCACAGUAUGCUGCUUCAGUUAGGCGCACUGGUGGUGGGUCGGCAGAUAACUUGCCCACAUUGUCUGCCAUAGAAAGAGAUUGAUGGCAGUAAUGGGUGGCCAAGAAUUUGCUAUUGGCGACAAACAUUUAACAGUUAAUCCAUUCCCAGAAUUGGCAACCCCAGAAAUAGCUACAGAACAAAAUGAAGAAAUACAGAUAUUUGAAAAUAUCCAAUUAUCCCCCAUACCUACUACAUCAGAGGGUGAUGCAAUGCAAGCAACAUCCAUAAUUCCACCGAUAACACCUGCGCUAGUUCAGCCCACCACACAGCCACCACGUCGGCGUCGCUCUUCAAUUCGGAGGCCUGUGGAUGAGAUGGAACGCUUCGCCAAUAUUGAAGAGCGACGCGUUGAAGCAGAAAUGCUAACUGCGCGAAGUCUAGCUGAAUUAUCACAGCAAAUGGGCAAUAUUGCCAAUGCUUUAUUAGCUAUCUCCAAAUGCCAUUUUAGAAAUGGCUAGAAGAUAAAAGGUGUCAGAGCCUUGACAAUAUUGCCCAUUUAUUUGUGAAUGAAAGUAGUUUAUAUUUUGUAGUUUUAAUAUAUUUUUUUGUAUGGAUUAUAUUUUUUGUUAUGCGGUUAAUCUAAUGUAAUAAAUAAAAAUAAGUAUAUUUUAAGUU